AUGGAGCUUCAGGAGGUGCAGGAGCGUCAAAUGGCUGCUGGCAAUGUCCAGAUGUUGCAGAAAGCAUCCCUCAUGACUGAGGACCCUCGUCUGUGUGGUAACGACUGGGAUGGCACAGAAUCAGUGGUGAAGGAUGUCCUCCCUGGACACAGUGUCCACAGCCUGCUCAGUAUUCUAGACACUAUCACUGGUUAUCCAGCUCCGUAUAAAACUGUGUCGGCACGAGCUGCAACUCGCUCCACCAUCUUACGCUUACCUGCUUCAGCCUUCAAGUCGGUGUUUAAGAAAUACCCUGAGACACUUGUACGCGUCAUUCAGAUAAUUAUGGUGCGCCUCCAAAGAGUCACCUUUUUGGCUUUGCAUAACUAUCUGGGCCUAACAACUGAGCUCUUCAAUCCGGACGAGUUACUUGCCGGAACCACUGAAAACACUAUGGUGUAA